AAUUCGGGAGUGUUCGUGGGAACGUCGGAAAAAUCUUGACAGUGGACUUCGUGUUUUUUGUCAAAAAAGUAUGUGAUUUUUGGAUUCCAUAUUUAGACCCGUGUAUAAUAAAAUAAUGGCGAAGAAAACUUACGAUUUGCUAUUUAAAUUGCUUCUAAUUGGUGAUUCUGGUGUGGGAAAGACAUGCAUCCUCUUUCGAUUCUCCGACGACGCCUUCACAUCAACCUUUAUAUCAACAAUAGGUAUUGAUUUCAAAAUAAAAACCGUGGAACUUCGUGGGAAGAAGAUAAAGCUACAGAUUUGGGAUACAGCUGGCCAGGAGAGAUUCCACACAAUCACAACGUCCUACUACCGAGGAGCAAUGGGCAUAAUGUUGGUGUACGACAUUACAAAUGAGAAAAGCUUCGAGAACAUUGUCAAGUGGCUGAGAAAUAUAGAUGAGCACGCAAAUGAAGAUGUGGAAAAAAUGAUUCUGGGAAAUAAGUGUGACAUGGACGAUAAGAGGGUCGUGAGCAGGGAUCGGGGGCAUGCUAUUGCAGUUGAACAUGGCAUCAGAUUUAUGGAAACAUCUGCCAAAGCGAAUAUCAAUAUUGAAAGGGCAUUCUGUGAAUUAGCUGAAGCAAUUCUCGAUAAGACAUCUGGUAAGGAUUCUGCAGACAAUCCCGAGGCCCGUGUAAUAGUUUAUCGCAAAGACCAAGAUAAGUCUCCAACCAACAAAGGUUGCUGUGCAUAGUAGUCUUCAUUCUAUUUUUUUGUAUUUCACAAAUUUCACAGAUUGUGGUAUUAUUAUUUUUUUCUCUGUGUAAAAAAGGAACAUCCAUUUAGGAAGGUAAUCAUGAAAAUGUAGAUAAAGUGUAGAGGGAUUCUAGAGUCUCCAAGAAUAUUGUAUUUCAUUAUUAAAAGAAAAAUUUUAGUAAAGUUUUACUUGUUGAGAAUUAUCAAGAACUCGAUGUAGCUUCGAGAUUAAAAAAAAACACACGCAAUGAUUAAUAACGCGAUGUUUUCUAUAUUGAUUUUUCCAUAUAUAACAUUUUCUUUCUUUUGUCAUUUUUGUAAAUUUCAUAAUGAGCGAAAAGGAGAGGAAUAAAAAAAAAAAUUCAUAAUCAAGAAAAAAUGGUAAUAAUUGAAUAUGAAGACAAGAUAUUUUUAAUGUUGCUAAGUGUAAUAUUUCAUUGAAGAAAUAAUAUACUUUUCUUCAAAAACUAACAGCCUAUUCCAGUGGAAACAAAAAAAAACUAUGUGGAAAAAUUGCUUAAAUUUUAUAACAAUUUAUUGUCCUAACGAAAAAAAAAUACACAGCAAGAAGAGGGAAUUAUUUGAAUAUGGCACGUUUUUACAGUAACUAAUUAACAUUUUUUUAUUAGAUAUCUGUGCCAUGUUGCUUCUAAUAAAGGAGAAAAGCGCAUUAAAUAUGUGAAGAUUUUCUUUUGAUAGAAAAUGAAAUAAUUUAUAAACUAUAAAAUUUUGAUAAUAAAGAAACGCUGUUGAAAAAGAGAAAAAAAA